GCGGAAUGGUAAAUAAAUAAAUAUAUAUAUUCCCCAUUCGCCGUCUACUUCCUGGUGUUCGUCGGAAAAGAGCUGCUAGCGGAUAGCAAUGUUUACGGUCGGAACCGACACCGUUUGCUCGCUCACGCAGAUUUGACGGACGUCUGUUUUUAUGUUUUUACAGAGACGUGUAACCGAGAAGAUAUUUUCACAAUGACAGGACGAUGCGAUCAAUGUCAGCCCAGGUGAACACGCUAUUUCGGUCAGAUUACUAUCCUGUUAUCUCUAUGCUGAGACGAGGCUAUUAUCAUUGAUUCUCAAAAGCUAGACUAAUAUUUGAUCAAAACAAAAGAGGAUAUCACAUUGUUCUCGUUUUUAAGUGCUAUUCUUACUGUAUUGAUGCUCAUAUCGUGGAAGAUUUAAGAUCACUGAUGGCGUCAAAAUCUAGGGUCUCCAUUCUGGAUUACUUCAAUAUCGUCUGUGAGGGAGAAAAUGGCAAAAUUGAAUCAAACUGCAAAGCUUGUGGCACAAGGAUUCAAGCUAAACGGACAGUUACUUCUAACUUUGUUACACAUUUAAAGCGCAAACAUCAGGCCAUGUAUGAUGAGUUUGUGAGGAAGAAAGAUGUGAAAAGGGAAGCAAUGCAGAUGUGUACUGGCCCUCCAAGUGGUCGAGUGAUCUCUCAAAGCGGUGCUGGGAUGAACAAGUUUGACUACAGUGACCCUCGCCAAUCCCUAAUUUCAGAAGCUAUUGCCAAGAUGAUCAUCCGAGACCUGCAACCGGCACAAAUAGUGGAAUAUGAGGGUUUCCGUGAGCUUCUUCAGCUGCUGGAGCCCCGUUACAUUCCGGUACCAUGCCAUUAUAUACAACAGCAGCUCCUGCCAGCCUAUGUCUCCCAAGUGCAACUAGCUGCCAAACAGGCUCUAAAAGGAGCCGAGUCCUGCAGUGUGACCCUUGACCUGUGGAGAAGCAGCUCUGCAGGUAACAACAGUGGUGCUGGGUUUCUUGGAGUGACAUGCCAUUUCAUAAACGCAGACUGGCACAUCAGAUCCACUCUUUUGGCAUGCUUACCUCUUCCAGACCACAGCAACACACAGCAAAUGCUCAGCGAGUUUGAUGAGAUCUCCGAGUCCCAUGGCAUGGCUGGCAAAGUGUUCAGAGUCGUCGCAGACUUGUCACCCUGUGAAAACAGAUCUGCUUUUCGUCUUCCUGGGUUCAAUCUAAUUGGACAUGGUGAAGAAGAUGGUAGCGAUGAAGAGUCUAGUGCAGGAGAAGCCAAAGAAGCCAUUAGUAGCAACGAGAACUGCAAGUCUUUAGAUCAGUGUCUUGGUCGAAGUAGGAUAGACUGCUUUGCUCGAUUACUAGCUCAGUGUGUGAAGGAAGGAGUUUGCGCUUCCCCUCAGAUAUCAGUUCCUCUAAACAAAGCAGCCCACCUGUAUAACUACAUAAUUGCUACAGUGGCUCCUGAAAAACUUGUCCAAGUGUUCGGCUCCAGUACCUCAACAAAUUGGCCCUCAUCCACAGACAAGUGGAAUGCUCAGUUAAAAAUAUUGCGGCAAAUGGUGGAGUCAAUGGAUUUUCUUGAGGACAUUGUGGAUAUAAAUGACCUAGUCCUCGGUAACUUAGAAAAAGCAGUGCUGCAGGAGCUGGUUGAGGUGUUGGAGCCUUUUGAGGAGGCCUCAGACAUGGUCCAAGGAGACAAGCACGUGUCCAUCAGCCUAGCCCUGCCCUGUGUGCUAGGUCUGCGCAAGCAUCUGGCUGAGGUCGUAACUCACCAGUGCUCUGGGAUCGUGAUGGGAUUGUCUCAAGCUCUGAACCGCAGACUGGCAGGCAUUCUUGAGGACCCUCUUUAUGUAACAGCCACCACCCUGGACCCACAGUUCAAGCUGUCCUGGAGCAGUGACAGCGACUGGCACAAACAGGUGAUGCUGGAAGAGGUUGGAAAGCAUACUCGGCCUUUGAGUCCACUAGAACAUCACUCAGAGGCCCAGCCAUCGCAGUCCAAACGCUGCAAGCUGUUCUCUUUCAUUAAGCAGAGGCCGACCGCCCAGGCCAAGACUGUGGAGCAGGAGCUGUCCACAUAUCUCCACGAAGAACCCACAGAUGAGGAUCCACUACAAUACUGGAAACGCAAGUCCAUCGAUUUCCCCCUGCUCUCACAAGUAGCCAAAAAAGUUUUUACUGUGCCAGCAACAACUACAUCAGUGGACCAGAUAUUUAACCUUGUUAGCAAGACGCUCAGACCAGAGCAAUGCCGACUUCUGCCAAAAAACUUGGACACUCUGAUUUACUUGAAGGCUAACUAUAGGAUACUUUGGUCCUAAAUGCAAAGAGAGCUUUAAAGGAUUUUCUUUGUACUGAUAUCAAACUAAACACCUCAAAUGCAAAGUGGGGAUUGUGCCUGAUAUAUGUAUCUAUAAAAACUGUACAUUUACCCCAAAGUAAUCAAAAUACGGUUAUCAGGAAAAAUUCAAUUUUUAGUUAUUGUACAAAAGGCUAGACCUAAAUUAGAUAAAUUAAUUAGCUAUUAUAGGUAACAAUUUAUAAUAACUUUCAUAUCUAUCUAU